CCUAGCAACAAUGACGACACGGGGACGCCAUUUUGCUACUGGUUGAGAUUGGCCAAUCACCAGCUUCUGCUCUGGGUUGUUCCGUGGUUGGUCGUCCGGAGCGCGUCUUUCCCCUGCCUGAGCGCAGGUGGAGGAUCGCGGCCAGGAUGGCUCUGCGCUCCUUGUCCCUCCUGGCGUUGGUGGUUGCUGUACGGGAGAGCUGCUUCGGUUAUUCCCAGGAAGAGACUCCAGACUCGGUCCUCUUUCUAGUCCGCUCCUCCUCUGGCCGCUAAGAAGGGAUCCCAAAGCGCAGAUGAGACUUUUCUGCUGCUCCCCCCCCCCAGGAGAGCCCCUCUGGGGACAGGACAAGGGCGGCCCCUCCAGAGGCGCCUCCUCGCAUUCCCUGAAGAAUUUCUACUCCUCCAUCUCGGAGCCCAGUCAGGGGCAGCCCCACUUUGUCGCUCUGGGGUACGUGGACGGUCAGGUCUUUGUUCACUACGACAGCAACAGCCGGAGGGUGCAGCCUCGAGUCUCCUGGAUAAAGAAGGUGGAGAAAGAAGACCCCCAAUAUUGGGACACUCAGACCCAGAUAUUACGUAAUAUUGAGGAGGCCUUCAGAGGAAACCUGGAGACUCUGAGGCUUCGCUACAAUCAGAGCGAAGGCUUUCACACAUUGCAGUUGAUGUGUGGCUGUGAGCUCCAGGCUGAUGGGAGAAAAGGAGGAUUUUGGCAGUAUGGCUACGAAGGGAGGACCUUCAUCACCUUUGACAAGGAGAGACUCACCUGGGUGGCUCCCAUCCCCCAGGCCCAGAUCACCCAGAGGAAAUUGAACGCUAUUCCAGGAUUGAAUCAGAGACAUAAGUUGUACCUGGAGAAGGAAUGCAUUGGGGGUCUGGAGAAGUACCUGUCCUACGGGAAGGAGACGCUGCUGAGGACAGAGCCCCCAGAGGUGACCAUGAGCAGCAAGACGGAGGUGGAGGAUGGGAUGGAGACGCACGUCUGCCGCUUGGAUGGCUUCUACCCCAGGGAGAUCGAGGCCUCCUGGACGAGGGAUGGGGAGGUCUGGCUGCAGGACACCCUACGUGGCUCCGUGGCCCCCAACGCGGAUGGGACCUUCCAUGUCACUCUCUGCAUCCAGAUCGAUCCCAAAGAGAGGGGCCGCUAUCGCUGCCACGUGGAGCACGACGGCCUGCAGGAGCCUCUGGACGUGGCCCUGGAGGAACUAAAUCUGGGGCUCAUCAUUGGCUGUGUUGUGGCUGGCCUUGUCUCAGUGUGCACGAUUGUUGGGAUCUUGGCUUGUAUUUACAUUCCCAAGAGACGUCAAGGUGACCACAAUGCAACACCGAGUGAAUUGUCCUCUUUACAAGUAAUCUCCAACUUAGAGCAGGGACCAGAGGCUCCAUCAUUUGAGAGGAAGUGAGGAAGGAUCCAGCAGUUCCAGCCAGGCAUGAGUGGACCCUCCCAGCAUGAGGAGAGAGGAGAGAAGAGGGGAAUUGGACUUCUUUCGAAUUAGGCCGGACUCUCAGGAGGAGCCCUUCAGACCCUUCCAGCAUGCUGGAACCAGGAUGUAUUUGGGGUCUUUCAUCACUGCUUUUGUCGCUACCUCAGUAUUAUAUUGUAUUUUAUUGUGACCGAGGGACGGAGGAGAAAAGAAAAUCUUACGUGUUUACAGUUGUGGAAUCAAAAGGGUUCAAACUGGGAUUAGUAGAUAUUAUUUUUUACUUGUGUUGAAGAUAUCAAACACACCUUCCUCCUCCUAUUUUCCUCACAACAACAACCCUGUGAAGUGGGUUGGGCUGAGAGAGAGUGACUGGCCCAAGGUCAGCCAACUGGCUUUCAUGGCUAAGGCGGGACUUGAACUCACCGUCACUUGUAGCCUGGUGCCUUAACCACUAGACCAAACUGCCUUGUGUAGCUUGUAAUAGCUUUGUAACAGAGCUCCCUCUGUUGUUAUUUCUGAUGACCUUUAAUAGGUUUGUGCUGAUUAGGCGGUUUUGGAGAAGAUUGGGGGGCGAGGAAGAGGGUGGAGAGUUGCUGGUUUUACUUUAAGGGAGAGAGAUAAACUGUUAAUCUUCCUCAUACUUGCUGGGAUUGAAAGGGGAAGGGUUUUCUCUUGUAAUGAUGCUAAGAAAAAGACUCAGGCAUUUCUUGAGCAGAGGUUUGAAGCUGCAGGACACAGCUUGACAAACUCUGAGUUUAUUAUUUCUUAUAUACUUUUUACAUACAUAGGCUUUACCAUUAACU